AUGGAGAGCAAGGCGCCCCCAGAUUUGUCAGAUGGUGAGGUGAUCAUCAUUCCGUACGCUGACAAUUUGAAUGUGGCAGGUAUUGACGAACAACGUGUUCAGCAGGUUAAGAACAAGAUCGUCGAUAGGCUUCGUGAGAUCGGUUUUCGAGUGCAUGAAGAGUUGGAAGCAUGUAGCAUUGGACAAAGCCUCGGCUUCCUCGUCGAUGGCGCCAAAGGUGUGGUGGCGCCCAUUCCGGAGAGGCUGCACAAGGUCAGAUUGGCGCUUGACUGGCUGGCGAGGCAGCCCUGGGUGACGGGGAAAAAGGUCGAGCGGCUCAUCGGACAUUGUGUUCAUUUCAUGCUCCUACGUAGAGAACUCCUGUCGAUCUUCAGAGCCAUGUACGACUUUGUGCACAAGAGCUAUUCGAAAAAACGACCACUUUUUGCCUCUGCUGCAAGAGAAGCUAAGUGGGCAUCAGCUCUUUUGGGUCUUUGCAGUGUAGAUUUGAGGAAGGACUGGAGUGGGCGGUUGUGUAGGCGCCUCUGUGCUCUUUUGCUAUGUGCCGAUUCCAUGCUUUCACCUCGUUGGAUUCCCUCUGAGUUGAACGUGGCCGACAAAGGUUCGCGGCGGUGGGAAUCGCAAAGAAAGAGAGAUGUUGCUGGCCGAGCCUGGGAGAAGAUCCAGCUCGAAAGGGUUGACUCAGCAGGAAGGAGGCCGGCCGACAAGGCCAAGACUCGAGCAGAGAUAGCGAGACAGAGAUCCGAUCCUCCUCGCUUCAAGGGACAGACAAACCUGGAGCGAGUAGCAGUGUCGGAAGCAGUGGCGAAAGACUACACCAGAAGGACCAACGAUCUGAGAUUCUUUGCACGACAGAGCAAGAUUUCCCUUCGAAGUGCGAAGAACUUGGACGAGGCCUGCACCUUGUUUCUGAACAACAUCUUCGAGCAGGGCGUAGAGCUCCACGAGGGCUCAAAGUUUGUGGCGGCGGUCAAAGACGCGUUCCCAGACUUUGGCCACAAGUCAGCACUGCCUCGAAUGAUCAGAGCACUUCAGGGCUGGACAAAGAUCGAUCCUCAGAAGACCAGACCACCUCUGCCUUGGGAGUUGGUCGCCGGCAUUGCAAUGAAGAUGCAGGCACGAACGCGGCACCAUGCGGCCUUGGCGGUGUUGACCAUGUUUUCGGCCUACCUGAGGCCGGGAGAAUGCCUGGGGAUCCAGAAGACAGACCUGGUAAGACCUAUGCCAAGACAGGAGCACCACACGCUCCACCUGCACCCUGCCGAGAGACACGAGGCCUCAAAAGUUGGGAUCUCGGAAGAGUCGAUUCAGCUGGAUUCAGUGCAGCUCCUUUGGUUGGGUCAAGCGUUGGAACAGCUUCAGACGGACGGGCCAUUUCUUUUCGAGCUGGGACACGCAGAGAUGGUCUCAGCUUGGAAACAAGCCUUGGUGGAUCUAGGACUGGAACACAACCACGCAGUCCUGCACCAACUAUAA